AUGGACUUCAUCACCGUCCCCAGUAUCCAAUUCGGCCUCCCGCCACGGGAACUCUUCUCGUUCCCUCCCAGCCAACGCAAGACACCCAUACCUGCAUAUCCAGACUCAUCGACCAGGUCGCUGCUUCGGCCAUUCACUAUAAACCCACAUAUCUUCCACGCUUCCCUCGACCUCAAAUCUACCCUUACCUUUAUUGCGAUAUAUGUUACCGCGGUCCUUUCUCUAAAUCAGCUCAAUGCUAGUCGACGGUAUCAGCCGUGGGCCUUCAGUAAGACAUCUACAUUUAGAGCUCUGGUCAUACUGCACAAUGCUCUACUGGCACUAUUUUCUGCAUGGACCUUGUUCACCACAUGCCAAGCGCUGAAAGGUUGCUGGCCAGCGGGAGAGCCCAAUUACUAUGCGCAUGUGGCGGAAAUGCUGUGCGAGACUGACUCGAGUGCACUUCGAAGUGAGUCAAUCUCUGCAAAAAGUCUCUGGGAAGAAGGAUCCGGGUACAUAGGCUGGGUCUUCUACAUCUCCAAGUUUUACGAAGUCUUGGAUACGAUGAUCAUUCUCGCACGAGGGAAAAAGAGCUCAACGCUACAAACGUAUCAUCAUGCCGGAGUGAUCAUCUGCGGAUGGGCAACGAUGAAAUAUGAAUCCCCAGCGUCUUUGGUUGGGAUUGUCUUGAAUUCUGCGGUUCAUACUUUGAUGUACUCGUAUUUCACCAUUCACUCGCUUGGUGUUUCCGUCCCCAUGAGUAUCAAACGAUCUCUUACGACUAUCCAAAUCGCGCAGUUCUUGACGGGCUUCGUUUGGGGCUAUAGCUAUCUCUUCGUAAAGUAUCAUGUUCCCUUGGAUAUUACAGCACAGCCGGUCGACCACAGCAACAGCUGGGAAUCAGGGUCAUACUCGCGCAUGGAGUAUAAUCCUCCCUCAACCAGAGGUUCUGAUAGUGUGACCCGAGUAGUGGCUACUGCUGCAACUCCCUGCUUGAGUGACAGUGGUGAGGCGCUGACUGUUGUAUUGACAACGGUAUAUGUUUUGCCUUUACUGUUGCUUUUUGUGCGGUUUUUCAUCGAGUCAUAUACAAAGGGGGGAAUUAAGGCUAAAGACUAG